AUGAAGCGCUCACGAGAGCCCGAAGAGUCGUCGCCGUCCUCACCACCAUCAUUAGGGCCGGACCUUGAUAUUGGCGACGAGACCUGCAGUGCUGCACAAUUGAGGCCUGCGCCCUACUUGCAUGGUGCUGAAGCGACCUUGGACCAGCCGCGUGCCAAGAUCGUCGGGCUGUCACCAGACGACGAAAGCGACAACGACGACAGCAUCAUUGCUGGCGAAGGCCGCGAACAGGCCAGGUCGGCUGCCAUGUCCUGCAGGCUGCACCGAGAACGCAUGGACUUCCCGACGUACGGCACAUACGAGGCGCAUUAUGCCAAGGAGCACCUCAAUCGGUGCAUCGAGUGCCGCCGGAACUUUCCGUCGCCGCUGUACCUCAGGCUACACGGCGACGAGUGGCACGAUCCGUUUGUCGCUGUGAAGCGAGACAAAGGAGAACAUACGUAUGCAUGCUUUGUCGAAGGCUGUGAGCGCAAGUGCGGCUCGUCCGAUAAGCGGCGGCGACACUUGAUCGACAAACACAGCUUCCCGCACAACUUUUUCUUCUCCAUUACGCAAUACGGCAUCGACGGCCGCCAGUCGCUGCUCGUUGAUGACGGGCGCCGGCAGCACCAUCAUCGGCGGCAGUCGUCGACGGGCACAGUCAAUAAGAAGGACGUUGUGCGGCGCAGGGCGGCGGGUAUCAACAUGACCGGGACGGGGGCAGCUUCUCCAUCGGCGGCCGCCCCAAACCCAGCCACAGGUGGCAAUGAAGACGACGACGACGAUAGUGAUGACAAGGACGAGGGAAAGCCUCUGCCGAAGGGCCAUGGCACUAAAGUGGCUGCAGAGCGAGACGGGCGGUUGCAAGGGGCGCCCAAGGAAAUGCCCAAGGAUAUACCAGAUGUUGAUAUGGAGGGUCUUACAGGCGCCAUGUCUUCCAUGACGUUUAUCCCACGGAGUGUGAGGUUCGGCCGGGGCGGCAGGUCCGGCUUUGUGAGGCGAUGA